AUGACUGAUACCGAUGCAAAAGCUGUUCAAAGGGCCGUCGAUGGACUCGCGAAAGGGACAGAAGCCAUUCUGAAUCGCUACGGAAAGCAAUGUCUCAAACGUCCUACCUUGACGCCGAUCUCAAAAUCCCAGCGAUCAUCCAUUCAAGAAAUACUACGGCACAUGUCGCACUGUCUUACCGUCCUUGGUCAAAAGCAAAAGUCACUUCAAGCUGCGAUCGAUUGCACCGAACAAGACGUUGUACCAUUCAUUUUACGGCGUCUCUCCGCCACUGCUCGUGGCCCAGCACCAGAGCAUCAACGAAAGCAACGUGUCCAGUUACUACAACACAUUUUUCAGCAGCUUGUUCGGCUACGGGAUGGUCUUAUCCUGUGUGUUUCGGGCGAAUGUCGCCACGAAGCGGAUAUCCGGAAAGCCCGCACCAGCCAAAAAAAUCAACGCUGGGCAUCGCACCUCACCCAAGCUGGUAGUACCCGCGACGAUGGCUACACGCAAUUGUAUCACGCCGAUUGCGUAUACUCCGGUGCAUCGUGGGACGAAUUCAUGGACAGUCGCAACGGCUUGCAAAAGCGUCUCCUCGAGGCCUUGCGGCCGUUCGUGCCAGCAUCCAAACGGGAAACGCUAUGGGAGGAUCUGAUGGAAACCAGAGGCCAGGCACUCGAGAUUUUGCUAGACGAAACGGAAAUCCGUAUGCAAUCAAUACAGCAAAGACUAUCUGCUUUGGACAAGAGUCUCGCCUCCGGGAUUGCCGCGCGACUUCCAGGUGCUUCCGCGCAUCUCACCAUGGCCGACAAGAUGGAAAAGCUGGAAGUGAGUAUAGGAGGCUCAACCUUUAAAUUCGAACGAAGGGCCAAUAACUUUCAGAUUCAUGACAUCCACGGGGUGCUACCUAGCUCGUAUGCACGUAAGGACUGGAAAGACACUAUGAAAUUGCCUUCUAAGGCAGAUCCCGUGAAUCAAAAGGCAGGAACAGACAGUUGCGCUGGGUACAAUAGUCACAAGAUAAAGCGUGUUGACAAGAAACGCAGACGAGCCAUUGAGGAAAGCGACAAUGAGGGUUCGAUCCAUCAAAGUACGACCCAUGACUAUUCAAUUCAGCGAUCGUCAGGCUUGGUUGUCAAGGUACAGCAAUCUAGAGAAAAUGCUGUUGAAGCUGCCGAUCAAAACAGCACCAAUGUUUCGUUGCGGGAUAUCAAACAGAGUAUGGGCGUAAAUGUGGAGAAUCUAGCUGCCGCCCGGGAUACUCUGGAACAAGAAGAAUCCAAUGCGACUCGAGAUGCCGCAAUCGUUGACAAAGCCACCACAGAUGAUAUUUGGGCGGAGGAAGAGCAACAAGUUACGCUGCAAACUGUGAAUAAUUGCAGGCAAUUACGGAUUGUGCUACGAAGAAUGCUGAAACGUAGAGACGUAGAUGAUGAAGACGCAAUAUGGGAUGCGCGUGAGUGUUUGCGGGAAUCUUUGAUGCUUGCUGGAAAUCGUCUCUUGUGGCCUGUUCCGGAUGGGGCUGCCAAUAAACUGAAAAGGUGCCAAGAACUGGAACAGGCUAGGGCUCUUUUCGUUGAGGCUUUAUCGUGCGUCGCCAAACAAGAACCCCUCUUAACGAUUAUUGCAGAACGCCAACGUGAUUUUGAAGUAGAUACCGAGCUAUACAGGCGGACACUCGGGCUUUUAAGAGGGAAAGCUCAGACAAAUGCUGGCAUUGCUUUGAUCGAACAAAGCAAGUGUGAAAGUGAUUCAGAUCGCAAGCUAUGUCUUAGGAAUGCGAUUAAGGAUUUAGAAUUGGCUGUGGAGAGUACAAAUGCACUCGUUAGCUCCAACGCAAUAAAUUACGAUUGCCACAGCAGAGAGCUUCUACUAGAUAUCCUGCAAGGCUUGAAUUUGCGCGCCCUUGCUCUCAGAUGGAUGGCAUCCGCGUUAUGGUAUCAGGAAAGACAGACAGAAGCGGCUCGGGUGUUUCAACAGGCGGGAUCGAUGUGGCAAAAAUGGUCAGAAAGAAAGAUGACAUUUAGAAUCGACGAGGAGCUUACGAAGGCUGAAUUUGAGCUUUAUACUGAAUGUUAUAGCUCAUGGAUGACUCUGGCUGACCUAGCUUGCUCAGACUUGGAAGGUAUUCCCAUACACCCUACACGCGUGACUUUGAUUGACAAGAAUGAUUACAGUUUCGGGUUCGUCGUAAAAUCUUUUGAAGAAGCCAUUAUUUUGAGCAAUGACAUACAUCGCACUGCACAUACUGGUAUGUGCAAUACGACAAAAAGCGGAGAUCUCUGCGAGAUAAAGGGCAAGGAGGAGCUCACCAUUGGUUUGGAGGAAAUUCGAUUAUGGUGGACUCAGCGGAAGGCGCUGCUGCAAAGGCCUAUCAAUACACGGGUCGGUGAAACUACCGCAGACUUGCCGAGAAGCGACUUAUUUUCGGGCGGUAGGAAUGUACGAAGCGGCUUGCCAAAAGGAUUUUUUGUUGUAAACGACCAUUCCACUGGUCGGAGCGGGAAAAAAGGAGGUAAACCUCGUCAACAGAGUCAAGGCCGCUCGGCAAAAGAAAACGUCGCCCCGCUAGGGGUAGAGAAACGUCAACAGAAGUACCGACGGUGGGGUGAUCAACUCCUUCCGCAAACCGUCAAUGAAAAAGGGGAAUCGGUACCAAAAUAUGAGUAUCCAGCUAUCGCGCCUGCCAUGCCACCUGAGAUCCGUGAGAUCUGGGACCAACUUCAGCGCGAAUGCGCCAGUGACAAAUAAGAGGGCACUCGCGUAGCGAAGACUGUAAAGAGAUUGCCUUAGAUGCAGGGCGAUCAGAUAUGGACGUAAAUAAUAAAGUAUGCUUGAAGACUUCAAGCGAAAGUACAGUAUUUCUAUUAGCAGCAAGCGUUCGAAUCCGACUGCACCAUCGAUACAACAAUAUGUCUGUUUGAGCGGCAUUGCGGCAAUUAGCUCAUUACAUGCUUUUGAUUGAUACAAAUCCUGGGGAAUGGGAGAUCCAAAGCAGGUCAGUACAUAUUGAACCCCCUUGCCCUCUUCA